GUUGAUCAGUUUUAUGUUUUGUGUGGUGGAAUCCGAACACAAGAACUGUCAACAUGUCUUGUGUUCAUUAUAAGUUUCCAAGUAUACUCACCCACAAACCACCACAACAUCACCCUGAGAGAGCAGAAACGCCAAAUUAUGAGGCAUGAGAGACUAAAGCUCUGUGACCUGCAGAUCAGCAGCGCACAAAUUAGUGAAGAAUGCACUGAUGAUGAAGCCCUCAUCUCCAACAACAUGUCAGUCAUCAUCAGACGAAUCCCUGCUGCUGGCCUGAAACCCACAAACAAAGGAUUUGUCAACAAUCAGGCUGAACCAUCAAGUGGAUCUUCAAAAACCAUAUGUAGAAAAGCUCAGCAGAUUGGUGAUUCUUCACCCGUUUCACUGGAUCAACUUCUAAAGACUGAGAAUCUGGCUGAGGCAAAUGCAUCAGAGGAGGACAAAAUAUGA